CUUUGUCGCAUCUCUCUUGUCACUCUACAUCUACAAAUUCUCGAAUCCCUCUCGGAAAGGCACAGGACCAAAAUGGAAGCGCUUGGUGCGAUAGAUCUGGCCAGGAGGUUGCAAUGGGAGAACAAAGAGUAUCGGCUGCAUCUGCAGGCUGACAGUUCACUUGAAAAGUACCCUGCAAAACAACACGCGCGAAGGGUACAGGAGAAGCUAGGUAUUGCGAAUGGCUUGAUCUACCUCCCCGGCCAGCCGACAAAGAACAACGAGGACAGCGAUAUGCCUGCCCCGUACCGACAGCGACGCUACUUUUACUAUUUGAGUGGAUGCAACGAAGCGGGUUGUCAUGUGAUGUACAAUAUCGAACAUGACACUCUCACGCUUUUCAUUCCUCGAAUCGAUGAGAAUCGAGUCAUCUGGUACGGCCGAGGCUCCACUCCUGCAGAAGCACUCGAUAAGUACGACAUCGAUGAGGUGCAUUACGUCGACGAACUGCAAGACUUCAUCCAUGACUGGUCCAAGUAUCGGAGCAGUUCUCAGAAACAUCUAUACGUUCUGCAUGUGGCGCAAAUACCGCAAGUCCCUGAACUAAGUGCAGUCAUCGAUUCGACAUCACUUCAGCCAGCCAUGAAUCUUGCGCGCAUGAUCAAAGACGAUCAUGAGAUCAAGCUAAUCCAAAAAGCCAACGAUAUCAGCUCUGAAGCGCACCGAGAGGUUCUUUCCAACAUCCUGAAAUUCAAGAACGAAGCGGAAGUUGAGGGUCUAUUUAUGGACGUAUGCAUCUCGCGGCAAGCAAAGGAACAAGCCUACGACCCCAUUGCUGCUUCAGGUACAAAUGCUGGGACCCUACACUACGAUGCUAACAACGAGGACUUUGGGGACCGCCAACUUAUGUGCUUGGACGCAGGCUGUGAGUAUGAACUGUAUGCCAGCGAUAUCACGCGUACAUUCCCGCUGUCCUCGUCCUGGCCGUCUUCAGAAGCAGAGAACACGUAUAAACUUGUACAGCGUAUGCAAGAAUCCUGCAUCGAGCGACUAGCACCUGGUGUGAGGUAUUUGGACCUGCACAUUCUGGCACAUCAUAUUGCUAUCGACGGUUUGUUGCAGUUAGGCAUCUUGCAUAACGGAACGAAAGAAGAGAUCUACAAGGCAGGCACAAGCAAAGCCUUUUUUCCUCAUGGCUUAGGUCAUCACGUGGGUCUGGAGGUACAUGAUGUAGGGCAGGCAGAUUUGAUGAGUGUGAGAAGGGGCAAAGGUGUAUUUGAGCAGACACCAUCUCUAUACCCUGAGGCCUACCACCUUCCGGUCUACGAUGCACAGGCAUGCCACGCUCCAACAGAUCCUCAAAGCAGCCACCUGGAAGAGGGCAUGGUUGUAACAGUCGAGCCGGGAAUCUACUUCUCCCUCUACGCUUUGCAGCACUUUUACUUUCCCUCUCCUGUUCACUCAAAAUACAUCAACUCUGAAGUCGUACAACGCUAUAUGCUUGUCGGCGGUGUCCGUAUCGAGGAUGACAUUCUCAUCACCUCAAAGGGCUACAGAAAUCUGACCACAGCACCUAAGGGUGACGCUAUGCUUGAAAUCAUCCGAAAUGGAGGGAGUCAGGACUCUGGCAGGACACGUCAAACACACUCAUUCCGGAGAAUAAGCAGCGAAGAUGAACCACUGCUGCUACGAGCACCAGGAAUCUCGCGACAGGCACCCAAUCCAAUCAUGCGGCCUAUCGCGAGAGCAACAACACUACCAGCAGAGAUGGCUCAACGGAACUCUGUCGAUUUCGAGCCUUUCGAUGGGCCAUCUCUAUUCUCGAACUUCAAGCGCUCGAUGACAACAGACGAGAACAUACAGCAUUGGCGACGAUCUCGUGAAGACACGUCUGCCUCACAAAGUCCCCCACCACCAGUAAGGCAGCCCACUCCAGUCUGCGGCGAAAACUCCUUCCACGUUGAACAUGUGUACAUGAGCAACACCCCCACAACUUCAUCGCAACAGAGGCAGAAUAGCGAAGAAAAGCCAAUGUGCUCAAACUGCGUGAUCCUUGUCCGAACGCUGGGGAGACUGCGACGUAAUCUAGUCUCUUCUACGGUAGAAUCGCCGAGUCUGGCACAAGGCUUCACAGACGAGCUUGCUGCAAGAAGGAAAGAAUUAGGCGUGUCUGACCGCGAAGCAGCGUCAGCGAGAUACAAAGCCAUGACAGCGACAAGGAUGCCAACGCCAAUUUCACUCGGUGAAGCUCAACACCCAAUGCGUUCUCCAGAAAAUCCGUCACAGAUCCAGGAUGGCGCAAACCACGUCACCAGCGAUGUAACUAACAGGCGGCAAUUCGAGCCCACCAACCCAUCACCAGAAAACAUGACUUACACGUCAAUUGAAAGGGUCCACUGUCAAUUCGACAUACAAACCCAACCUCACCCCUCGACAUCUCAAGAUGCAGUCUUCGAGCCUCCGCAACGACCGUUCGAGCGGCCCAAGCCAGACAAUGAGAAACUCGAAUCGUUCCGUAACAAGAUGGCCCUGUCACGCGCCCGACUGGCCCAAGAAUACGUGCAGAAUUCGUAGGGAACAGCGAAGCGAGUUUCUCGACCCCAGUUUGUCUCGACUGCGAUGCGCGUUCUGUAUCUUCUGUACCAGGUUUGCCUACCUUCAAGGUUUUUGGAGAUGGUUGUUACGGGCAUCAUUAUACCCUUUUACUGUAGCUUUGUUUUUAAGGCGUGGAUGUUUAGCAUUGUCAAAUUAAUGUGUUCAAAUAUUUGAUGUAUGUGAUCUUGUGCAUGUUGGCGGCUUUACUUGAUUGAUGCUUGAUUCUUUACGUGCUAG